AAGUUAAUGGGUCAACUAUUUGGAUAGGGGGUGUCUAGAAGAACAUUUGCGAUAUCAAAAAUAGUAGCCAUUAUUGUGGAUAAUUUAUCUUUGUAAAAUCUUCUUUAAUGUGUAUCAUUUGUUUGCAUAUCUGAUGCAUUCUUCUGAUAGUGUUUGAUGUUUUUAUUGUUAAAAACAUUAGUACAAUCCGCAAGGUUACACCGAGAUGGCCUGGGAGCGAAUUGUUGGUGCUACAGAUGCAGCACAGCAUAACAAACAACAAAUUAUAGAAUCUGAGCAUUUAAUGAAAGCCCUUUUGGAGCAAAAAGAUGGAUUAGCAAGAAGGAUACUAACAAAGGCUGCGUUAGACAACACAUCGGUUUUACAAGCUACAGAUAACUUCAUAGCUCAACAACCAAAGGUCAGUGACCCCAGUAAUCCUCGGUUAGGGACAAGUCUAGGUUCUUUAUUGGAAAAUGCAAGAAAGUUUAAGAAACAAAUGGGAAACGACUUUAUUUCUGUCGAACAUCUUGUAUUAGCAUUUCCUUCAGAUACAAGAUUCGGAAAGCAAUUGUUCACAAGUUUGAACCUAAGUGAGAAAUCGUUAAAGGAAGCCGUUGAAGCUGUUCGUGGAAAUCAGAAAGUAACCGAUCAAAGUAUAAACAUUAUACUUUCUGCUUCAAAGAUUAAUACUUUUUAUUUCUUUUACUAA